UAUGAGAGCUUUUUUGCUCAUGUGCACAACCAGUCCUCUCCUUCUCAUGCAGUUUCAACUUUGCAUUCUUGAAACGGCUUCCUCUCUCCCUCUCCCUCUCCCUCUCUCUCAUCUUCACUUCACACACUUUAAACACCCUAUUUUAAUGGGUUCUCUCUCUUCUUCCUUUCUGCACUCCCCACAUUGUAAGAGUGAGCAAACAGAGUGGGUUUCCAGGUGUUCCUUUUCCCAUCUCUUUUCAACUCCUCGCUAAACCAUGACAAAGAAGAAGCUACUUUCAUCCCCACCAAAGCUAAACCAUCUCUCAUGGUUUUUCUGCAAGAUGUUCACCAAUUUUCUCCUGCUUUUGUGCCUUCUGGUUUAUCUCCAAUUCAAUCCUCAACACCACAACCGGUUUCCUCAUGAUCCAUCAUUCUCUUCUAGCUAUGAGAACUUCCAAGGCACCCCUAAGAUUGCUUUCCUCUUCCUUGCUCGCCACCGCCUCCCUCUUGACUUCCUAUGGGACAACUUCUUCAGAAAUGCUGAUGCUGACAAAUUCUCAGUCCAUGUUCAUUCCGAGCCUGGAUUUGUUCUGAAUGAGACAACCACAGACUCUGAGUUCUUCCAUGGUCGGCAGCUGAACAAGAGUGUUCAGGUUGUAUGGGGUGAACCAACCAUGAUCGAAGCUGAAAAGUUGUUGCUCGAGGCUGCUCUUCAUGAUCCAGCCAAUCAGAGAUUUGUUCUUCUCUCUGACAGCUGUGUCCCUUUGUACGACUUCAGCUACACUUACAGCUACAUAAUGUCCUCCCCCAAGAGCUUUGUUGACAGCUUUGUUGAUGAGUCAACAGGCCGUUAUGACCCUGAUAUGUCUGCCACAAUUCCCAGAAGUAAAUGGCGAAAAGGAUCGCAGUGGGUCACUUUGGUGAGAAAACAUGCUGAACUUGUUGUUAACGACAAUUUCGUCUAUCCCAUCUUCAAGAAAUACUGCAAGCGAUGGAAAGCUCAAAGGAACUUGCCUAAGAAAAUCCUGCAGAUUCUGGAACUGAACUUCCUAUUCCAGAAAAGGAAGCUGACAAACUGCAUACCUGACGAGCAUUAUGUGCAAACUUUGCUCACUAUGAAUGAGGUGGAAUACGAGGUCGAAAGGAGGACACUGACCUACACUUUGUGGGACAGUUCUCCAGCGAAAGACUGGAGGCAAAUGUGGCACCCUGUCACUUUCAAUCAACCUGAUGCAGCUCCUCACAAGAUCAAAGAAAUCAAGGGAAUCAACCAUGUCCAUUACGAGAGUGGACACAGGACAGAGUGGUGCAGGGUGGCUAACGUCUACUCAUCGUGCUUCUUGUUCGCCAGGAAGUUCAGCCAGGGAGCAGCCUUGCGGCUUCUGAAUGAUGGUGCGCUUGGUUUCCACGAUCCUGAAGCUGCUUUGUCUGCAUAGUUUGGGUUUUGGAUGGGAGGAUUUUUAAGUUUGUUUUUAUUUAUAUUUAUUGUUCUUCCCCAACAAAUUUCAGUAGAUUUCUUCAGAGAAUGUUUGCUUCUCCAGCAAAGUUGGUUUCUUUUGGCAGCCUUGUAAUGUAAGAGCUUAAAUUUCUAACUGAAAUAUGGAGAAUAUGCACAUAUUAUAAAUACUAGCACUUGGUCUGACCUCUUUAGAGAGUUUGAUUAUUAUGUAUUAUUUAUGUGUUGUUACCGCUUAUAAUAUGUGUUAAUAGCAAAGAUAUGCAACUAACAAGUAACAACGAUACAUAUGUUUACUAAGAAAUUGUUUAUAAUUGU